AUGGCUCGCACCAAUCAGUUCAAGCCGUGUCCUCCGGAAGAUUUCCUGCGCUCAAGGAUCAAGUACUACCACCGGCUAAGGCUCACCGAUGAGCAGAUUGCGGACAAGAUCAGGAAGCAGAUUGAUGCGAAGAAGUACGGGAUAAGCAAGUCUACCAUCAAGAACCGCCGGAAGGAGUGGGGGAUUUUUGGAGUGCGGCAAUCUAACCAUACCCUGGACACUAUCGGUCCGCAUGUGCAAAAGAUCCGCGUGCGCUAUCCGACUAUGGGCGCGCGCGAUAUGACCAAGCGUCUCCGCCUGGAAUUCGACGUCAAAGCGCCUCGGGAACUCGUCGAGCUUUACCUGAAGCUCACUGAACCGGAAGCCGUGGCCGCUCGUAAGCGCCGUGUAUGCAAGCGCCAACGCUACUGGACAGCCGGAGUGAACGACAGUUGGGCGUUUGAUCAACACGACAAGUGGAAGCGUUUUGGACUCUGGUUCAACCUCGGAUUGGAUGUCUGCUCUGGCAAGAUUCUGUUCAUAAAGAUCUGGUGGAACAACCGCAACCCUCGUCUUCUGGGUAGCUAUUACUUGGACUCUGCUGAGAAGAUUGGUGGUGUGGCCGACCGUUACUCAGUUUGA